UCCAGCAUCUGCAGUUCCUACUAUCUCAGAAACAAUAUUGAAACUGUGACAUCUUGUCCAAAUGUAUUAACUUUCAUGUAGUUCUUGUGCUGAAACAGGAUUACAUGUUGACUGACUUAAUUGGAUGUGUGUGUAUCACUGGCAAGGCCAGCAUUUAUUGCCCAUCCCUAAUUGCCCUUGAACUGAGUGGCUUGGUCAGCCAUUUUGGAGGACAUCUAACAGUCAGCAACAUUACUGUGGAUCUGGAAUCACAUGUAGGUCAGACCAGAGCCUCAUCGUCCUUGGGGUAACUGCAGAAGGUGCACAGAGGUUUGCGAAUCAGCUGUUGAGUUAGCCAAGAUUUACAACAUUUUUCCAGGUCAAGUUGGUAACAGAGUGCUGCUUCACAUAGAUACUGCAUAAUUUUGAUUUUCAAAAUACUUCUGAAUCUUUAAUGAUGUCUAAUGCCGGCAAACUUACUGAGCAACAAAUCUCUCAGACCAUAGAUCCUUUGGAAAAAGAUAACUCUAAGGAUGAUGAACUUACUGCUGAAUUGGAAAAAAGGAGCAGAAGUGGUAUAAUUAAUGAGCCACUAAGCAAAGUUCUAAAGAAACCUCGUACAUCAACUCGCUUUUCUACAUUUGGCAGUACCAGCUCAAUGAACGGGCAAUUGCCAAAUGGAAGUAUCUUAGUACAUGGAAAAGAAUCAACAGUUGUUCCAAACAGUACUACCUCAAAGCACAAAAGAGUCUCGCACAUGCUAGAUAAAUCUGACAGGUCACUGGAAAGCUCAUCAGAAAUGCAGAAUGAAGUGCACAUUGCUUCUUCAGACCUUCAAAAGCAGGUAGAACCUGAGCAUAUUUUCCUCUCCAGUGAGCGAGAAGCUGGGAUUUCUGACAUGGAGGUGGUAUCUGCUGCUGAGGCAAUAAGCAGUCCUGUUGAUUUACCCUUCAUGAGUGGAAUUCCCUUGAAUCCUGGUGUUUUUAUUAUGACUCCUGCUGGGAUAUUCAUGGCAGAUAGUGCACUUCAAAUGGCCGGUCUGGUAGAAUAUCCGUUGCAGAAUGACCUUGCUUCAGCCAUUCAUUCUGGAAAAAAGAAGAGAAAGCGAUGUGGCAUGUGUGAGCCCUGCAGAAGAAGAUUAAAUUGUGAGGAAUGCAGUAGCUGUAGAAAUCGCAAAACUGGCCACCAAAUUUGCAAACUGCGAAAAUGUGAGGAACUUAAAAAAAAGCCAACAGCGGCGUUGGAGAAAGUGAUUCUUCCUUCAGGAGCAGCAUUUCGGUGGUUCCAGUAGAUGUGAGCACGCAAUUCCCAGAGUUGUGUCAUUAAGUGCAAUGUGUCUGCUUGCUUGUAUUGUCUCAGGCAAACAUUGUUGGCUGAAGUAAAUGGACGCACCCUGUGUUUUCUUAGAACCAAAACUCUUUCUGCAACUUUCAUUCCAAUUUUUAUGGAGGUGAAUUUUAUGUUGUAAGAAUGAAUAUCUUUAGUCAUUGUACAAUGUGUCAGUGCUAUUACAAUAAAUCUGUAAAAUGCAGUACCAAGUCAAAAUGGGCACAGUAUGGACAAUCAGAUUUUAUUUGUUUGAUGUUGAUGUCUGUUGCGUAAAUUGGAAAGUGCUAGGAGUGUUUAGAAAGUUAAUUUUACAGAUAUCUUUUAAGACUAGUUGACUGAACACACUGUUCUAGACAUAGCACAAUGGUUAAAUUACAUGCCUUUUCCAGUCUACCUUUAUUCUAUAUUUUAAUGCAUAUUUCCCCAGCUGUCAUUGAGUUGAUCGUUGUAUCAUGGCACUCUUGACAUUGUAGUCUUGGACACUUAAGUAGACAUUAGAAUAUAAUUUUCAUAAUUUUGUUUAUAGACAUUUUUGUAAAUUGCUGAAAUAAUAUCACUUCCGUGGUGGUCAUUAAGCCACUGGUUUUCAUGUAAAAUCACCAGCUUCACACCUAUUGCAUGGUGCAUUUUGUAAUGAUUUGGCUGUUUUUGGCUGUUUUGUGUAGAAUAUUAGUGUUUCUUUUGUGUGUGUCAGAUUUCAAUUUGCAGCUCAUAAUCUUGCAUGUGGCACUUGGCAUCCCUUAUGAUGAGCAGACUGAUUUCUGGAAAUGCUCUUUAGGGAGGUUAGCUUUUCAUAAGCUAGCAAAUUUUUAUGUUGCUUCUGGUACAAUGAUACACUUAAGACCCUUAUUUUAAUUGCCUGCCAAAGAAAAUCAGUGCCCCAGUGAUAUCUAGGCAUGGUGAAUCAUUGGAAUCCCUUGUUUGUGAAAUCUUUCAAACAUAACGGCUGUUGAAUCACAAAAGCAUGUCAUUUUAGUGACACAGCAUAUUACAGAAACCUUUUAAAGAUGACUAAAGGAAUCAAGGCACUACACUUGAGAGGAGGGGCAAAAGCAUUUGUCAGCAAGUAAAUACCUUUCCUCUCAGAUAAAUUGCAUUUUGUUGAAUGAUUAACAGAGAGAAUGGUAUUUAUAUGUAUACAACUUAUGUUGAAAGGGGAAAGAACUACAGUACUUUGAAACAAAUGGUGCCCACCUUGGCUAUAAGAAUACUCACAACUUAAACUCACAACCCCAUCAAAUUGAGCACUGACCCUCUACUGUAUUGCCAGUCCUCUCCACAUAAAAAAGUAUGUGACAAAACACAGACUCAAAACAUAAUUUUAAAUAAAAUUAUUUAAUUUUAUUUAAUCUGUGUUCACACACCAAAUGUAGGAUCUAUGUGACCUGUUUUAAGCUUCAAGGAGCUUCCAGUUUGUGUUUAAGUCCAGAGUCAGGGUCCAAUCUGACUCUUCAACCAAGUGGAUUUAACAAGUAGUCUCACACUUGCUGCCUGUGGAGUGUAAAUUCAGUGCAGGGAAUCCCCUGGGGGCAUUGUAAACCAAUUUACCUCAGUUGCAAAGUUUAGAGAGAGUUUCCCCUCCUUACUUUCUUGACAGUCAAAUUACUAAUUCUUAUGGGAGAACUGUGGACUUUUGUCUAUUCAGACAUGCACAGUUCUCUCUCUCAUACAGGACAGCUGAAAUUUCAGCCUGGUGGAAGCCAAGCAAUGUAAACAGGAAGUGUGAACAAGUGUGCAUGCUGUAAACACACCCAUUAAUGCAUGCACUAAUGCUUUUUAAGAACUAGAGUCAAAAAUUUCUUUAUGAAAAAGCACUGAUAUCAGUAAACAUCAUCUUUUUGAAACACUGGUGGGGUUGGAUUAAGAGAAUCCUUUUUGGAAGGUAGCACAAAAUAACCAAUAGCAAAUGGAUUAGAAUACUGGGCAGAGUGGAAAGUUGCCUGUUUUGAUCCACCUCCCAAGAAAAGUUGUACCCGCAAGGAGUCUCAAUGGGUGACAUCAAUCAUCUUUGUUUGGUAUGUUUAAAAUAAAAACAGAUCUCUUUCUGGCAGCCGUUGCAAAUGAUUGCUAAGCUGAACUGGUAAAAAUUAGUACUGACAAGAGCCAGGGUCCAGAAACAAUUAACCUGUGAUGAGCCCAAUACUAUUGCUGUGCCAUGUCUAAAAUGUAUACUUCUUUUGUUAUGCUUAUUGAAUAAUGUAUUGGAUACCAAAAUAUAGUGAAAUCUGUUUGUUUCCCAGGAAUCACAAUAAAGUUUUUAAAGUCCUCAUAAGACAAAGAAGAGAGAAAUAAAAUGAUUGUUGUAAAGCCACAAUUCUAAGUAUGUACAUUUUUCAAUGAGUCAGUAUUGUUUCAGGGUGAAUCAUGAUAAUGUGCAAGAACAUUUAGCUUUAUGGAAAGGAUUCAAACUACUUCAAAAUAAUCACUGUUUAAGGGCCCUUGGCUGUUUUGUGUCAGCUUGAGCACUGAUUUUUUUUAAUAUAUGUUAAUUCAGAAAAUGCCUUCCAGAUAUUGUGAGAGGUAGCAAAGCAAAUGAUUUGCAAAGAAACACACAAAAUAUAUGGAUAUAGUUUUUUUUUCUAGUUAUGUAAUUAAUUUCAGUGUUGUAAACUGGUCUUAAGAUUCGUUUGGUAUGUUUAAAGCAAAAACAGCAAAAGAAAAUGGAACAAAUUAUAUGCAUCAGCAAUAUGGUGUCUCGUCUGUAGCAAUUCUGUAUACAAAUAAAAU